AUGAACGACCUCAGUAACGAUUCAGAGAAAGAACACUCCAUUAGUUCUUCCACAACCAGUGACUGGAAAGUAUUUGUCCACCCCCAAGGAUCUAUAUAUUUCUCCAACGGCCAAAUUAUUGCCGACCAGGACAUUCGAGAUCCAGAAAUACUUUCUGGUAUCCGAUAUAGUUCUUCGUUUCUGGGUCUCGAUGUAUGGGAUUCAGAGGGUUCCGAGAAAGACAUGGAAGUUCAACUGAACGUCAGCAAUAGGGGACAGUGGAAUCUCGCAUUGUUUGUUAACCAUAAAUAUUGCAUUGCGGCCCAUGCGUACGAGAAGGCGCGAGAUGGAGCCUUUGCGAAUAUGGAUCCCGAGACUCUCAAUCGUCGUAGAAGGCUGUAUUGGAACUUCAUAUGGACACAUUCGGCUCAUCGUCCAUGCCCUGCACGAGCAGUACCUGAUGCUUGUGACGCGUUAGCCUGGUUUUAUGCAGACAAUUUGAUUUCUGGUGCGGGAAGUGUCGUUCCUUUUUCAAAAGAGGAAUGCGAAGAACUUCUCAGACGCGUGAAGGAAUUCGAACUGCCAUGCUACGACAAUUCCACGGCCAAAACUUCCUUCCUUGCGUGGCUUUUACGUGAAAUUUGUAGUUUUCGAGAUGCGGAGAUGUACGGUCAACUCACCCGUAAAGAAUUUACAGAACGCCGCCAUGAUAAAUACACACAACAUAAAGCCCACUCAGACUCAUCUGCUCUACCUGCAAAUUUUGUUCUUCCGGUUUUGCGUCUUAUCAUGAACUGCGUCUUCUUCGGCAUUCCGCACUCAUAUAUGAGACUUGUCAAGCAGUCGUUUGAAUAUCGCGGCCGAUUGGCGGGCAUGCAAGCUAAUUGGGAAACAUAUAUCGAUCGUUUAGUCCGAGAGUAUUCCCAUUUUUUGCUGAUCUCGACCGUGCUGCUUUCUGCUACCGUUGGCCUUUUGGCGGUACCCAAUGUUCCUCAUAUCAUGGAGAUCGCAGCACUUGUAUCCGCUUUUAGCUCUCUAGGCAGCAUCAUAGUGGGCGUGUUUGCAAUAUGGAGACAUCAAGCAAAGUUUCGGACAGUCGACUCUUUCACAUACAUGCGCAAUGCCCAACACAGCCUACUGGGUUUUUACGGACAUGCUAUGCUCCUCAGUCUUCCCCCGGUAUUACUCGUGUGGGCUAUCAUCACUUUCACGAUAUCCACGUUGGCGUAUGCAUUGGACAGCUUGGGCAACCAUAACACGGCCGAUCGAAUUUCUAUUGGGGUUAUUCUGGUUAUAUUUGUUUGCAUAUUGGGGACGGUCAUCGCUGCGCUUUAUACAUUGACAAUGAUAUGGACUUACCAGAAUGAAUAUUGGUGGACUCGUCUCGCAAGGGCACUUAAAAUAGGUUUCUUUCGUCGAAAAAGAGAAAAAGAAUUGGUUGUAUAA